AACUCAAAUUGUUAGAUAAGACUUUCUUUUCUUCUUUAUUUCCCUUAAAUCACAAAGACAAUCCAACCAACCAAACAAAACUUAUCAAACACCAUGAAAAAACUCUACUCCAAAGGUCAAGUUCAUCCUUCUCCUUCUCCUUCACCUUCCCCUUCUUCUAAUAAUUUUUCAUUAUCAUAUCUUCCUGCAGCAAUCCUUACUCUUGCUGCUACCCUUUCUUCUCAAGAUAAAGAAGUUUUAUCUUACCUUCUUUCAUGUUCUUCUACAACCCCUUUUGAUUUUGACCCUUCUAAAUCUUCCAAAAAACAACUUAAUUCCACCGUUAAUCAUCAACACCCUCCUUCUUUUUCUUGUUAUUGUUUUUCCUGUUACACUAAUUUCUGGGCUCGUUGGGAUUCUUCCCCUAAUCGUCAGCUUAUUCAUGAGAUUAUUGAUGCUUUUGAAGAUAAUUUAAUGGCUAAUCAACACAAGAAUAAGAAACAGGGGUUAAGCAGGAAAAUGAAAAGGAAGAUUAAUAAAACUAAUAAUAUUCUACUUAAUCUUAAUCAUGAUGAUAAGAAUCUUAAUCAUGAUGAUGCUGUUCAUGGGUCUGAUGGGUCUGUUCGAGUUAAUACUGAGUUGGGUAGAGUUGACUCACUUGAAGAUGUUGAUGAGAAUGAAACAGAGGAGAAACAGGGGUCUAAUGUUAGGAAGAUUGUUAGUUUUAUUGGUGAAAGAAUUUGGGGAAGUGUUUGGGGUUGAUCAAGAUAAUUAAUUUAAGGUUGGUUGGUUAAUUAAGUUUUUGCUAAUUUUAAUGUGAAAUUAUGCAAUUUUUCUUAAUUUCUUCCCACCUUUUUUCAGUUUUAAUCAUAAAUCUUAUUUUAUUUUAUUUUAUUUUUAUUAUCGCCUACAAGAAUUAUUAAUCAUUCGGAUCCGACUCUAAAUCAAAAAAAUCAAUGUUGUAUGAUACUAGAUACCUCUCUUUUGUUUGUACUAUGUAAAAAAAAAUAUGUGGGCAAUUUUGAUUUCUUUGUAUAAACUAGUUUUUUUUUUAUUCUAUUAUAAAAAAAUGUAUUGCAUUUAUUACCCUUUGGUUUGUUCAAUGUAUAUAUGUAAAAAUUGAGCAAAAAAUACUCUAAAAUAGUUUGUAAUGAAAUUAGAUUUUCCUUUC